AUGCCUAAGGCAGCAGCUAGCAAGCGUGGCGCCAAGGAGGUCAAGAGACGCGGCAAGAAGGACCCCAACGCUCCCAAGCGUGGUCUCUCUGCGUACAUGUUCUUCGCCAACGAGCAGCGCGAGAACGUCCGUGAGGAGAACCCCGGCAUCACCUUCGGCCAGGUCGGCAAGCUCCUGGGCGAGCGAUGGAAGGCCCUGAAUGACAAGCAGCGGGCCCCGUAUGAGGCCAAGGCCGCUGCUGACAAGAAGCGCUACGAGGACGAGAAGCAGGCUUACAACGCUGAGGCCGAUGACUCUUCUUAA